AUGCCUGGUGAAAAGAUUACGUUGAUACCGGUACCUGGUGAGGUGAUUACGAUGCCUGGUGAGAGCCAUGUUGAUAUGCUAAAAUCCUUCUAUGACUUCGUCAAAAGCAAGGUAAGGAUUGGGGUCGAAGGGUACAACAUGUCGUCGCUUCAUACCCUUGAUCUCGUUAGAUCAUUGGCGAAGCUUUUCGAGUCAUGUGGAGAAGUCUUAGCCGUGCAAGUUCCGAGAGACUUGCAAACCAAUGCAAUUAACGGAAGAUGUACUCUCGUUGUUCUCCGCGGAGAAGGUGCACAAGAGAAGGCAUUGGCACUCGAUGGAACUGACAUGGGAGGAUGGAUCUUAUCUGUUACAGUUUUACCUUCAGAACUUAGCGAGCUUAGUUCUAGUUCUGGUUUGAGUACCGCUGAAUUGGCUGUUAGGCAAGUUGCCCAUUUCGAAAGAAAAAGUAGCGAAGGCAUUUCCGUUACAGGAUAUGACCAUUCGCUCCCUGGUGAUGUUGUUAAGAGUGAUUUGACUAACCGCUUCUCUUCAUGUGGGAAGAUCACUGAUGUUUUUGUUCUUAACAGCCGUGCUUUGAUUUAUUUUUUCGGAAUAGGCGCAGUACACAAGGCGUUGAGACUUUGUCGGGAACCUGACUCGGUACACCGUGCUAAAGCCUUGCCAACACCUAAACGGAAAAUUAACCAUGAACCCGCCGUCCCUGAAGCUCCUUUUAUAUAA